AUGCCAACUGAUGCGACCGAGGAGGAGGCGGCUGUGGGGUUGCUCGUUCUGAACUCUGGAUCCUCUCGAGAUACUGUGUCCACCGUCCCCCUCAAGCGCAAGUCUCUCGCUCCCGAACCAGAGCCUCCUGCGGCCGACACUAUCACCUGCAUCUGCGGCUUUGCCUACGACGACGGCUUUUCGAUCGGGUGCGACUCAUGCUCGCGGUGGUGUCAUGCGGCCUGUUUCGACAUCGUCGAUUCGCAGAUCCCGGAGGAGUGGGAGUGCUGGGUCUGUCGUCCGCGGGCUGUGGACAGGGAGCAUGCGGUGAUGAUCCAGAGGGCUCGCCAGAGGGCGGCGGCGGCGCACUCGCAGGCUGAUAAGCCCAAACGGCGAGUGAGUUCUGGCAUCGAGCGCAAGCGUAGGCCGAGUGUCGCCGCCACCGCAGACGGUGGCAAGCGCAAGCAGAGGCGCAGUUCGGUCAAUACGCACCACACCGAGGACGAGCACGUCGACAUCGACGAGCCCUGGACGCUCAGUUAUGUGUCCAUCGACAAGGACAUCGUCCCCAGCGACGACACCCGCGACAAACUCCGGCGCGUGGCCACACACUGGCGCGGCGUCACCGCCCUCGAAUCCAAUGCAAUCCUGCCUACGCCACCCAUCGGCCUCGCCCAGCUGCCCCUCUCCUCCCUGUCCCAUCCCUCGAUGUUCUCCCACACCAACCUCUCCGUCCGCCCGCCGUCUUACGCCAUCCAUGCAUCGCAACCCAUCCCUUCCACGAACUUCAUCUCGCCCUUCACGUCCACAGUCAUUCCCUCGACCGCCUACCUCUCCGAUCCCCUGAACGCAUAUGCCCACCUCGGAAUGCCCAAACCAUUUGUGCAUUUACUCGGACCGCCGCUUGACGUGGCUCUUGAUGCGCGCUUCACUGGCGAUCAAGCGCGGUUCGUCAGGAGUGGAUGCCGACCAAACGCGGUCCUCCGACCCAUGAUCUGUCGCGGAGAAGAUAGCACGCUGAGGUUUGGUAUUUUCGCGUUGCGAGAUGUCAAAGCCCAUGAGGAGGUGGUGCUUGGCUGGGAGUGGGACGAUGGAAACGUUAUUCAUCACCUCCCUGCACUCAUCGAGAGCCCGCAUACGUUCCCUCCGCGGCAGAUCGACUACUUUCGGCUCCAAAUGACAUCCAUGCUGCACGCCCUCUCGUCCACCUUCACCACGUGUGCGUGCGGGGCCUCUGCGAGCGACUGUGCCCUCAACCGCAUGGCGGCGUUCGUCGAUGGGCAGACGCCACCUACGCCGUCGCCCUCACCCCCGACGAACUUUGACACUAACUUCUCCGGCCCUCAUGCAGUCUUCGAACCCCAUCGUGCCGUAUCGGAGGUACGGGAAGGGGAGAAUGCAGGUUCCGGAGAUUUAAAGGUCGACCUGGGUCCCUUGAUCGGCGUGGAGAGGGGCUUCAGGACGAGGGAGCGUGUGCCGCGUGCGGGCGGCAUCGGCGGCGUAGAGAUGGUGCCGUCAUCUCCCUCUCAGGCAGACUGCACUUUUGAACAAAAUGCUAGCCCUUCGACGGUCAUUUCGAACGAAGUGCACACCAACGAGCGCCGCGAGACGAGCAACACCCCGCAGCGGGUUCCUGUACCAGAAGCCGCGGAGACCACAAGGACCACGAAGUUCAAGUCUAAAGAUCGGAAAGGGAAGGGAAAGGCGACAGAUGAGGAGGUAACCGUGAAUGAGGACUACGAGCGACCGCGCCGUGAUCGCCGGCGCGUCACCAUCGACCCCGCCUCAAUCUCCCCGACCUCUGAUCACUUCCGAUCACCCAACGCCAUGGACGUGGACCGAGAUGAAAUGUUGUUGCCGCCGAGGAUGCGCAAAGCCUGGAUCCACAAAAGCUUCGAGGCCUUGCGGAAUUCGAUCGCGCACGAUGCACACGUGCGCGGGGACAUGGGCAGUUCGAGCGGCACCGGAGACGGGGAGGGACAGGCACAGGCUGAUAGUAUGGAAGUAGAUGAUAGCUCCGCUG